GUGUGUGUGUACACAGACAAGUGACAAAUUAAAGGAAAACCAACAUAAAGUGUCUUAGUAAGGUGUUGGGCCACCACGAGCCAUCAGAACAACUUCAGUGCGCCUUGGCAUAGAUUCUGCAAGUCUCUGGAACUCUACUGGAGGGAUGGAACACAUUCUUCCAAAAGAUAUUCCCUCAUUUGCUGUUUUGAUGAUGAUGGUGGAGAGCACUGUCUAACACAUCAGUACAAAAUCUCCCAUAUGUGUUCCAUUGGGUUAAGAUCAGGUGAGUGCGAAGGCCAUAACAUAUGAUUCACCUUAUUUUCAUACUCAUCAAACCAUUCAGUGACCCCUCGUGCCCUGUGGAUGGGACAUUGACAUCCUGGAAGAGACCACUUCCAUCAGGAUAGAAAUGUUUCAUCAUCUCUGUUAGACCAGUGCCUAUGGUUUUUGCACCACUGAACUCUCAAUUGUGCGUUUGUCUUUGUAAUGAGGGAUUUAUGCACUGCAACCCUACAGUUCCUGCGCACCGUGGGAAAAAAAUGAGGCAUUCUUGAUUAACUUAUCAUGGUCUUCAAUCAAGACCUUUAGUAGAAUCAUUGGUUUUUUGUUUUUUUCCUUAAGAUCAGUGACUGAUUCAGACCCAAGAAACCAGAUGACUGUAAUCAACUGAUCCAUUUUGCUAUGCUACUUACGUGCUGAGUAGUGCUGAGUAACACCGAAAGCCCGCAGACCCUGCGACUCUCCAGGAUCAAGAGUGAGGACCACUGGGUCAAAGACAUGCUUAUCGCAGCAUUUAAACUUCUGUCCAUGUUCACUUUCCUCCUUGACUCUCCCCAUAGAUCAACUAAUUAUUUUUUUUAAGUGUCUCAAUUAGAAACUCAGUUGUGUGAUCAGUCAUUUGACUGUGCCAAGUGGAGUUCCUGUGAGGACACCUGGAGGAUAACCAUUGAAAUACAAGUUUAAAUCCCUGCGGGUCACAUGGUUGAGCCAAACUGGUGGCCCUAACCCAUGGCAUAAAGAACAGCAAACAGAUAUACUGCUCCAGUUGAUUUUAUUUAACAGUGUUCUGAAAUAUUUAAACACUAAUGCCUGCUCUGUGAGUAGGUGAACUGUGAUUCUGCUUCUUCCAAUUCAGCAUGUGAAUCUCUCCAAGCAGAGGCCAGCCCUGCUGUCGAGUCUGAUUGCAUUAUUGACUGCAGCUCAGGGGCUGUGUGGUCUAUGACAUCAUCUCUCAGGGCCAUGUCUCUCCGGCGCAUCUGAGCGUGCGGUAGCCCGUCCCUGGACAGAACAGAGAAAGCCCGGCCUUAGUUAGUCAGAGGUGUGGUUACAGGGCUAGGGGGAGUCUUAAAGACCCCAUUUAAAUAAUCCAACAUCGAUGUCACACGACACAUCGCUGGGACCGGAGGCGGCCAUGGAGAAUAAUACUUCUCAAGGGAGCAAAGACUCUGUCUUCUUCAGGGAUGGGGUGCGGAGGAUUGACUUCGUCCUGGCUUACGUGGAUGAUAAGAAUGAUGAGAGGAAGCAGGAGAGGAGGAAAGAGUAUGAGGCCAAUCUGAUCAAGGCAGGGCUGGAGCUGGAAACUGAGGAUAAAUCGGAAUCUGAAGACUCGAAGACGUACUUCCUGAAGAUCCAUGCUCCGUGGGAGGUGCUGGCCACCUACGCAGAGGUGCUGAAGAUCAAGGUCCCUUUCAAGGUCAACGACAUCCCCAACACCCGGGACACCCCGUUGGAGUGGCUCUUCAGGCCCUUCCGCCUCCCGGAGCACAUUAUGAACCCCGUGCCCGAUUACUUCACCUCUCCCUUCAACAAGGAAAAGAUUGACUUCUUCCUGAUCAGUGACAAAGAAACCCUUUUCCCCCCGUCCACUCGUAACAGGAUUGUGUACUACAUCCUCUCCCGAUGCGCAUACUACAAGGAGGAUCACAAGGACAAGGACAAGAAGGGCAUCAAGCGCUUGCUGAACAAUGGCACUUACCAGUCGGCCUUUCCCCUGCACGAUAGUCGGUACUGGAUGAAGUCCAGGAACUCAAAAUGUGAGAGCGAAAGGUACAAUCUUUACAAGAACUGGGCCCAAAUCAGCUGCUUCUACAAAGAACAGCCUCUCAACCUCAUUCGGAAGUACUAUGGGGAGAAGAUCGGGAUCUACUUUGCAUGGCUGGGCUUCUACACCGAGAUGCUGUUCUUCGCCGCCGUAGUGGGUCUGAUCUGCUUCAUCUCCGGCGUCGUCACCUACGACGACAACAUCUGGAGCAAAGAAAUCUGUGACUCCAACAUCGGGGGCAGCAUUGUGAUGUGUCCGCUGUGUGAUAAGAAGUGUGGCUUCUGGAAGCUUAACUCCACGUGCACCGCUUCCUGGCAAUCACAUCUGUUUGACAAUGUGGGCACGGUGUUUUUUGCCAUAUUUAUGGGGAUAUGGGUGACUCUGUUCCUGGAGUUCUGGAAGCGGAGGCAGGCCCGGUUGGAGUACGAGUGGGACCUGGUGGACUUUGAGGAAGAGCAGCAGCAGCUGCAGCUCAGGCCUGAGUACGAGACCAAAUGCAGCGGCCGCCGGAUGAACCGCAUCACCCAGGAAAUGGAGCCGUACUUGUCAGUAACAAGCAAAUGUGCUCGCUGCUGCCUGUCUGGAGCCACGGUCAUAUUCUGGAUUGCCUUGAUCUGCGCCUGCAUCACUGGUGUGAUCGCGUACCGGUUGGCAGUGUAUGCAGCCUUCGCCAGCAUCAUGAAAGACAGCCCCACCAGCAAACUGCAGCUGGUGGGGUCCCUCAUCACGCCACAGCUCGCCACCUCCGUCACUGCCUCCUGCAUCAACUUCGCCAUCAUCAUGAUCCUCAACUUCAUGUACGAGCGCGUGGCCAUCUGGAUCACCGACAUGGAAAUUCCCAAGACUCACCUGGAGUACGAGAACAGGUUGACCAUGAAGAUGUUCCUCUUCCAGUUUGUCAACUACUACUCAUCCUGCUUCUAUGUAGCCUUCUUCAAGGGCAAGUUUGUGGGCCACCCUGGUGACUACAAUUACAUGUUCGGCAAGCUGAGGAAUGAAGAGUGUGAUCCCGGCGGCUGCCUUAUCGAGCUGACCACGCAGCUGGUGAUUGUGAUGGUAGGGAAGCAGGUGUGGGGGAACAUCCAAGAGGCGCUUGUGCCGUGGAUGUGUAACUGGUGGGGCAGCAGGAAGGGCCGCAACCCCUCAGAUAAAAGAGUCUACUGCAGUUGGGAGCAGGACCACGACCUGCAGAACUUCAGCCAGCUGGGCCUGUUCUACGAGUACCUGGAGAUGGUGAUCCAGUUUGGCUUCAUCACACUCUUUGUGGCCUCCUUCCCGCUGGCGCCCUUGCUGGCGCUGUGUAAUAACAUCCUGGAGGUGCGUGUGGACGCCUGGAAGCUCACCACCCAGUUCCGCCGGCCCAUGGCUUCCAAGGCCAGAAGCAUUGGAGCCUGGCUGGAGAUCCUCAACGGAAUGGCCGUCCUCUCUGUCAUCACCAAUGCCUUUAUUGUGUCCUUCACCUCUGACAUGAUCCCACGACUGGUCUACCUGUAUGUCUACCAACCGAACAAGUCAGCAACCAUGGAGGGCUACAUCAACAACAGCCUGUCAGUCUUCAACAUUUCCGAGCUGCGGCCGGAACACCAACCUGAGGAUGGCGAGAACCCUGCCUGGUUCAACAGCUCCGUAAUAACCACCUGCAGGUACCGUGACUACCGCUACGCUUCUGGUCACGAAAAGCAGUACUUCCACACAAUGCAGUUUUGGCACAUUCUAGCAGCCAAGCUGGCCUUCAUCAUCAUCAUGGAGCAUGUGGUGUUUGGAGUGAAGGUGUUCGUGGCGUGGAUGAUCCCAGACGUUCCCUCGGAGGUGAAGGCACGGGUCAAGCGGGAGCGCUACCUGGUGCAGGAGUACCUGCACAACUACGAAGUGGAGAAGCUGAGGGUGCAGCUCAGCCAGCUCAACGGCUACCACAGCCCGGAGCAGACCACGGUCAUCUGCACCCUCGCCGAGACUACAGAGGUCUUACCAGAGUGCCUGUAACCCCCAGACCCACCCUCCCCACCUCAGAGCAGGUGCUGGACACGCUUCUGCUCAGCUCAUGGCUCGAGUUUCCUAAAGUAGCACUUAUAGGCAUCUGUGGCUGGAGAAUGCUGUUAAAAUGAAAUGCCCUGGCUUUCGGUUUCCAGUUUUCUAAUAUGCAGCUCGAACCUGAGGCCUUUGUAUCUCAAUGACUUUCAUCAUCACCACCAUUGCUGUCCUACACUGCUGCCAGUUCACACAUUCACUCUGACUAACUGUCAGAACAGGCCUCUCAGACCUAAUUUGAGCUAAGACUGUUGGUCAUCAGUCAUUAUUUGCAUUAAUGCAUUGAUUAAUUGUACUGUUUUCCUGGGGCAGCUGGGUGCCUGCUAUGUGCUGGUAAUCACAAUUGAGCAUUCCAAAUUUUGGAGAAAAAGGGGGUGAGAUGGGAUGUGUGGGAGUGGGCGGCCAGCCCUCAUGCCUUCCGAUUUUAGUCUAUACUUUUCUUUCCCUCACGUGCCAUUUCCAUGCAAACCGCCCGUACUGUAAGAAACCAAGAGCAGGCAGCUUCAAGUGAAUAUUCAGCGCUUAUUAUAGCCGAGGUACAGCCCCAACGUGAAGGCUGUUUUUCAGCAAGGUCUCUCUUUCUGCAGCACUAAAAAUGAAUGAGCCACAGUGCCAGCCACAAUUAUACAUAUUUAUGUGUGUAAGGAAAUAGCAUGCAUGCAUCGGUUUAGGUGUUGGUUUGAUGUAUAUAAAAUUGUCUGUUUCCAAGUAUGUUAAGAUUAUGGGCCAUACCAGAUAUAAAUAUCAUAGUGUACUGCUUGUGUACUAUCAGACCUAUGGAACAAAAAUAUUGUUGAGGGGAUAUAAUGCUUCAGUUUUGAUAAAUAAGAAGGGUUAUAUCAGUGAAAGUUCAAGUUCAUAUGUGUUAUGCAAUUGUUGUUGUUGUUGUUGCUGGAAACAAGUUAUUUAAGUGUAACUGUACAAGAAUUGGAGCGAAGGAAUUCGGCUGGGAAAUAUCCAUGACACUGUAGCCACUGUGGGCAGGAGGGGGUAGAUCCCCAGACAUAGUUAAUGUGUAUGUGUUUAUGUAUUUCAUGUCUUGAGCCUUUAGGCCAAUGGUAUUGGGCCCAAAUAUUAUACAGCCAGUCCAAACAGUGCAAUUGCAUUCUGUAAAAUUCAGUUUACCUAGCAAGCAUGUGACAGAAGUGUGAUUUACUGUGAAAUGCAUUGAAAAAUGGUAUACAGACCUUUUUGUUCAUCUGAAGCUGAAGCUGAAGCUUUUUUUGCCAUACUACAGGAUUGAAUUCAAGCCACUUCCAAAGAAGACUUCACUGUCAGUUCCAUUCAGUUAUUUUUUUAUUAUAACAGUGAAAGUAUCAUCUUUGUGUUUAGAUUAAUUUGUUUCAUUAAUGUCUUCUACUGCAGCAUCUGUGAGGUAUCAUGUAAAAUAAUUACAGUUCAAGCAUCAAUUGUGCCUUGACCACAUAUUUUGUGAAUAACAAACAGAACCAGCCCUAGCUUUUGCAGGGUUCUAAGCAGGAUUUGACUUUGGGGUCCCCACACGGUAGCCCGCUCAGCUUGGCUCCACCUGUGGCUGCGGGGCCAUAGGUAGCCACUUAUGACACUUACAUUCAAUGUAAGAUAAUGCAGGCUCAUUUUAGUUUGAAAGCAGGCUUAUUUUAUUGUUUGUGUGCAGCCAUUUUUUAUAUUUAAACCACUUUAUUUCUCCUUUUAGGAAUGUGUUAAUAGUAAGAGUAAUACCCAAUUAUAUAUUACAUGUGAAGGCAUUUUACAGUCACUUCACAUCUGCAGGAUGUCCUGAGGGCUCCACAGGACUCUUUUGUAUCUCCAAGCUGUUGAUACUGUAUAUGACUCGGGCCACCAGUUUGUCUCCACCAUGUGACCUGCAUGGAUUUGCACUUGUAUUUCAAUGGUUAUCCUCCAGGGGUCCUCAGAGGCACUCCCAACAACAGAGUCAAGUGGCUAAUCGUACAAUUGAGUUUCUAAUUGAGAAACUUUAUCUAAUAUGGGGAGAUUCAGGAAGGAAAGUGAACAUGAAUAGUUUAAAUGCUAUGGAGAGCAUGUCAUUGAGCCAAUGGUUCUCACUCCUGGUCUGUCUGUUGGCUUUUGUUGUUACUCAGCGCUUGAGUAGCACAGCAAUUGAUUAGUUAAAGCAGUUGAUUACAGUUAACUGAGGUCACCUGGUUUCUUGGGUCUGAAUCAGUCUCUGAUUUUCAGAAAAAAACAAAAACCAACUGACUCUGUUGCUCUCCACGCCCAGAAGUGUGUUUAGCUGCAGUAAAAAGAAAAAUGCAAUCAUAUAAAGCAGGGUUGUCCUAUCCUAUCCGAAAAGGGCUAGUGUGGGUGCAGGUCUUUGUUUUAGCCCAGCACUAAGACAUCUGAUUCUACUUAAAAUAUUGAUUAAAAACCAUGAUUAGUUAAUUAGUUGAAUCAUUAGGUAAUUUCUCCGGGUACUCCAGUUUACUCCCACAGUCCAAGAUGUCGGUAAUUUGAGACUCUAAAUUAGCCAUAGGUUGUAUGUGUGUGAGUGAAUAGUGUGUGUGCCCUGUGUAGAUUUGCAGCCUGUCCAGGGUGUAUUCUUGCCUCUCACCCAGUGCAUGCUGGGAUAGGCUCCAGCACCAUCCCCCCCCCCCCCCCGACCCUGCCCAGGAUAAGCGGAUAUAGAUAAUGAAUGGAUGGAUGAAGUAAUAUUUUUUACUACUUUUUGUACAAAUUAAAUGUUAAAUAACUGCUCUUAUUUUUAAUGUGAGCAUUUCCCACUGCCUCUACCAAAACCUACAGUAUAAUGUCCCUGUACAACACUUACAUAUACUGCAGCAAGUCCAUGGUAGUAAUUGAACUGAAUUUAAAAUGUGAGUGUCGCUAGUAAACAUCGCUGUCAAUCAUUGUCUGUACUUAAUUAGUGGCAAAUACUUUAUCAAUGUAGAUUAUUGGGGUGGUGCUAAUUUUUUCAGAAGGGCUGGACAGAACGGCAGUUGCGACCUCUAGCUGGUGUAGGACUGAACCAUGCGAGAAAACAAGGGGAGACAAACUGUUGGCCGUAUAUAUAUAUAACAUAAUAUGUAUUUCUUCAUUGUAUACUGUCAAAAAACACUAACCGAUUGUGGUGCAACGACCAUACAUUCCCAGUGUCAAAAAUGGGGUAUACAGUCUUUUCCAUUUCCAUUUCCAUCCUUUUCCAGGAUGCUUAUAGUUUAUCGCUCCAGCUUCCAAAGUUUAACCAUUUAACCAUGCAUUCAGUGAUCAGGGUGUGGGUGCAAUGACUAAAAUGUUUCUUAAUGUGCCUAUAUUUACCUAAGUGUUAAUGAGGGCUCCUCUUUAUCUUAAGGGCCAGUUCUGUCAUACAAAGAGCAGUAUGUCUUUUCUGUUUUUUUUUUUGCCAUUUGUGGGAUGAAAGAAAAGAGGCUUUUUUCUUUUUGCACACUGCACUUAGAAAUUGGACUUGCACUCUUCAAAUGGAGUUAUAUAAUUUUGCCACAUUAUCAGUGUUUGGAUGCAGGACUAUAGCUGAAAUGGUUAACUCAAGGAAAUAAAGCUAUUUUCUCCGAGAAAGAUAAAGUGCAUUUUGUAUUUUAAAAAUGUGUAUCCAUGUAGCUAUAGUUACCAUAUCAAAUUUCAGAUAGGUUAUGUUAGUUUAGUUAUGCACAAUGUACUACUUCAGUUCAAGAUCAUAAAUAAUUAAUGAAAGUGUGCUGGAUUUAUUGUCUAAUUGUUUUAAAAAUAUGGCUUUUUUGUUUUUAGUCAUAGUUACCUAUUUAUUUGCAUUGUUAAUUUAUGUUGUUAUGUCCAUAUGUAUUCUUAAUUCAUUUUUUAUUUUUUAGAAUUAGAAGAAAGUUAUUUUGUUAUGUUGCUUUGGAAGGUCUUAUUCUUUGUCUUUUUGCUCUGUCUGAUGUUGCAUUAAAGUAGCAAGAUAAGCAAGUCAUUUUUUGUGUAAACUCUUAAUGCAAAAUCUUUUCACAACAUUAAAAUAAUACUCAAACAUGAUCACGUUUAUAGUUUCAAGACCUGAUAAUUUAACUCCGAUUUACUUCUAUACACGAAACAGAACUAUGUUGCCAUUCUGCCGAAGUUUUUCCUUUUCAGGGCCUUCUAAGUUUCUCUUGUUUUUCUCUUGAUGUAUGACGAAGUGGCUAAUUACUUCAAAGGAUUUUUUAAUGAUCCUACAGUAAUUUUGUUUUUAUAUAUUGAGCCUUGUGUAACAUUUCCUAUUGUUAAUGAAGAUGACCAUUGUUUUCAUUUUUUAAGGUCAAUCUGUAUAUAUUUCAAUGAUUUAUGGAAUGCAACAGAUGUCUAAAGUUAAUAAACGAUGUCAGCCAGAAAAUCUAAA